AUGCCUCCUCCCGGUGUGUGUCUGAAUAUUUUGAAUGACCGGCAGAGGAAAGAGGGCAGAGGAUCUGACACCAACCCUGUCCCGUUCCUAGACCAGGACUUCAAAGAGAUACAUCAAUACUGUCUCAAGAAUGGAUAUAGAUACAGAGAUGAAAUGUUUCCUCCGGACUAUAGUUCCAUUGGAGAUGGACUUCUCAAACCAAAUGACCUGGCAAGAGUUGUGUGGCAAAGAGCAGGGGCAUUGGUAAAAGAUCCUUGUUUUAUUCUCGGAGGAGUGUCCAGGUUUGACUUUCGCCAAGGUCGUCUUGGGAACUGCUGGUUUCUUGCUGCUAUUGGAGCACUGACAUUUCAAGAUGACAUUAAAAAACAAAUUAUACCAGAGGAACAAUCCUUCCAAAAGGACUACGCAGGAAUGUUCCACUUUAGGUUCUGGAGAUUCGGGAAGUGGGUAGAUGUGGUGAUUGACGACAAGCUUCCAACAAUUGAUGGGAGACUGAUAUUUGUGAACUCAGGAACCAAUGAGCUUUGGGCUGUGCUGAUGGAGAAGGCCUAUGCCAAGGUUUGUGGCUCCUAUGCUGACAUGAAUGCUGGCACCGUGGCUGAGGCCCUGAAGGACUUCACCGGUGGGAUCCACUUGACAUUCAAGCUGGACGAAGCCUCCCCUGACCUCUGGGACAUCAUGUUCAGAGCUGCCCGGUCCAAGUCCCUCAUGGGCUGUGGCACGCCUCAAGGAGCCACAUCUGACAACACGGUUUUGCCUAAUGGGAUUGUGCAGGGCCACGCCUAUGCGAUCACAGGAAUUACUCAGGUCAUGAGUAAUAACCGCCCAGUAAGACUGGUUAGGUUGUUCAAUCCGUGGGGCCAUGGGGAGUGGAAGGGUGACUGGAGUGAUAAGUCAUCCAAGUGGCAAACUGUCAGUCCAGAGGACCGUAUGUCUUGUCUCUCCAUCCGUGAGGACGGUGAAUUUUGGAUGUCAAUGGAGGAUUUCUGCAAGAGCUAUUCUGACAUGGACAUCUGCUCUAUGAACCUUGAUUUCCUCAGUGCGUCCACAGAUUGUCACUGGACAUGCAAGUCCCACGAGGGACGAUGGGUCACCGGGACCACUGCUGGUGGCUGCAUGAAUAACAGAGAGAGUUUUUGGAUAAACCCUCAGUAUCACAUCAAGUUGGAAGCUCUGAAGGGUGAAAGUGCUAAUGACAACAAGAACCUAGUCGUGUCCCUCAUGCAGAAGUCUGACAAAAGGAACAGGCACCUUGCCUCCAACUUUGGUAUUGGCUUCGCGAUUUUUAGUCCCAGUCCUACUGACAAACUAAAUGACAACAACUCCAAGGUUACCUUAUUCAAGAAGUACACUGACCAGUAUGAAGAAGUUGAUGCAGAGCAGCUACAGAGGCUUCUGAAUGAGAACCUUCUUCAAGGCAACUCCUCAGGCUUUGGCCUGGAUACCUGCCGCAGUAUGGUUGCCUUGAUGGAUCUUUCUGUGACAGGUCACCUUAAUCGCAAUGAAUUCCUUCGACUGUGGGAUCGAGUGGUCUCAUACAAGGAAAUCUUUUACCGCACUGACGUCUCAAGGACUGGCGACUUGUCCCUUAGUGAACUGAGGAAUGCUCUGAUUGCCACAGGGGUACAGCUUAGCGAUGGCAUGCUGAACCUCUUGGCAUUGCGCUACGGUGGCUCAAAAGGAAACUUAACGCUGGAGAGCUUUGUGCAUCUCAUCUUGCGCUUUGAGUGCAUGUCCGGUAAGAACCAGAAUGCUGUCCACCUCAUCUGUCUCAGUAAUGAUGUUCACACAUAA